AUCAGGCAACACAGGACGAGAUGGAAAGUACUGCACUCAGAACUGCUUGCUUGGCCUGGCGAGGAGUGGUCCUCUUGACGUCGCGUGCCCGAAUGCGAGGCUACAUGGUAUAGACCGUCAUCAGUUAAGCCGGUCGACGUUCCUCAAGCGCAUCCGCCAGCAGCUGUCCGAGGACCUAGACUCGAACUGCGAGGUCAUAGGGCUUCAUGGAGCGUGUGGCGUCCCCUUCUGUGUCAGAUUGGAGUCCCAUGGAUAUACCGUAGUCGCCAAGGCUUGCCCGAUCGAGCUUGUGCAUCGUCUCGAGUGGGAAGCCAAGAUCUACCAUCGCCUGCGUCCUAUACAGGGCACGCAUGUGCCGGUGCAUCUAGGCAACAUUGACCUAGAGGUUCCCUACUACUACGAGGGGAUCUGUGAGCUGAAGCACAUGAUGUUCCUCAGCUACGGAGGCAAGCGCAUGGACAAGCAUCCGGCAGCAGACAGCAAGUUGUUUGUUUCACAGCAGACGGAGGCAUCAGUGCAAGCCGUUCGUUCACUCGGAGUACUGCACACCGACCUCGUAAAACGGAACAUGCUAUGGGAAGACCGAACACGCCGAAUGAUGGUGAUCGACUUCGAGCGGGCAAAGAUGGUGGAACCGCGAAGGCCGCUGGGCGCUGUCUCAGCCAACGCGAAGAGGAAGGGUGUCUUUGGUGAUGAAGAUGGCAGACUUGCACCGGAGCGACAUGGGGCACUUUGUGAGCUGACGUCGUUUGGCUGA